GGCUGACGCGAAGAAGAUAAAAAUUCUGUUUUCCGCAAGGGUCGCCUCCGCCGCAACCGUCCCGCCCUCCGCCGCCUCCUCCGCCGCUCGCCGUCCCAAUUACCAACAGGCCCUAUUGGCCAUAUCCACCACCACAGACUGUUAGUGUUGUAAGAUUAAAUUAGAGGAGAUGAAGGGAGCUUCUACCCUCUUCCAGUCAUGGCGGACUUGUUCCCCCAGAAUCCCCCCAGGGUCCUUCCUUCUGCAAACGGUCAAGUACCCAGAAACCUGCUUCUGUCGGAAUGUUCAAACGGUAUCCUAUCAGAUUGUGAAGGGUAGCUACAUACCCACCUCCCAAGCUGUUCAACCUAAAACUCAAACCACGGUUAAACCAACCCCAGAGAUUGAUACGGUUGGUGCCUUCCAGAAGCUACCCAUGGUGAUGCCGUCUGUUGAUAUACUUGCUUCUGCAUUGCGGAAAGCCAGGAGAGUCGAACCAACCAAAGGCAUCGCUAACAUUGCGAGGAGGGAGAGAAACCGAGGUGCAAAGCAGCUUGAUGCGUUGAUGAAAGAAUUGGCUGCUCCUCUGAAGGCAUAUCUUGAAAAUUUUCCGAAGAGGAAAUACUUGCAUCCUUAUGAACGAUCGCUUGUGGAGUUGACUCUUGGUGAUGGAGUUUAUGAGGAGGUGUUGAAAAAAGUGGAUGCUUUAAAAAGGAAGGUGGUGGUUGUGGGAAAAGAGCAUGCUUCUCUCUGUGCUAAGACACUGAAGAAACGGGAAGCUGAGGAAAGCUUAAAAGAGGGUCUAGAAAAACUUGAAGGUGUUUUCACGUCGGAUGGGAAGGCAGUUGAUGAGUUGAUGAAUAUUGCAAAGAGUCUGCGGGCCAUGCCAGUGGUUGAUUUAAAGACACCGACUUUGUGUCUGGUUGGAGCACCCAAUGUGGGGAAAUCAUCAUUGGUUCGGGAACUAUCUACUGGGAAGCCUGAGGUCUGCAACUACCCUUUCACGACUAGAGGAAUUUUAAUGGGUCACAUUGCGCUAAACUUUAAGCAUUUCCAGGUCACAGACACUCCUGGUCUACUGAAGAGAUCUGACGAGGACAGGAACAAUUUGGAGAAAUUGACUCUUGCUGUCCUAUCUCAUCUUCCAACCGCCAUUCUAUAUGUUCAUGAUCUUACAGGGGAAUGUGGGACCUCACCCUCUGAUCAGUUUGUUAUAUACAAGGAGAUUAAGGAGAGAUAUAGCAAUCAUCUUUGGCUGGAUGUAGUCUCCAAGUGUGAUAUAUUGCAAGGAUCUCCUGUGUUCUUCAUCACUGAUGAUAAUAAUGCCGAGGUAAAUGCUGCUCCUGAAGCGGAAAGUUAUCGCAAGAUGGGACCUGCUGGUGCUAUCCAUGUAUCAAUCAAGACAAAGGAAGGGAUGAAUGAGCUAAAACAGAGGGUGCAUGAUCUCCUGCUUGCUCAGAUGGACAACCUCAGUAGUGACGAAUUGACCUCAGAAAGUCUGCACCCUUGAGCUUCACUUCCCUCAGAACAGUCGUGAAGUGUUCCGAAGUUCCAGUUUGGGAGGAAGAAGGGAAGGUGGUGCCUUGCAUGGCAAGCAAGAAGAGUGGGUCCUUUUUGUUUCUUUGUUUUACCUGUAAUAUUAGAAGAAUAAAUUACUAGAACGAAUCAGGAUUAAUAAGAUAUGAAAUUCUUCUAGCACUCUAAACCGUGGACGCUAAACCAAUAGAUAAUAUUUCAUGAUACUAACGAUUGAAUUACUGUUAGAUCCUAGAACACCUUACCGUUGAUUUUUCCGGUACAAAUAUCAACACACAUAAACA